AUGAUUCACCUCGUCUCCUCAGAGGCGCUCGCGGCGCUGGUGUGCCUGCUAUUCAUCGCCGCCGCCGCCGCCGCCCACUUGCUGCGCUGGUCGUGGUGGUGCGGCAUGACGGAGCUGGACACACUCAUUGCCAUUGCAAGCUGCUGCUUCGCGUGCCGCGGGAUGGCGGCGGGGCGGCGCUGCAAGUGGCCGCGCGAUGUCGACUUCACGUCACGCGUGGCGAUCGUCACGGGAGCGUCGUCUGGCGUCGGCUUCGGCGUCGCGCAGGAACUCGCACAGCACGGCUGGACCGUCAUCCUGGCGGGGCGCGACCUGAUGCGGCUGCUGGGGGCGAAGCGCGCUAUACUGACGCGGCGUCCGCAGGGUCGUGUCGUCGUGCUCGGCGCCGUCGACCUCUCGGACCUCAGCAGCGUGCGGGAGUUCGCUGCGUGUGUUGUGGAGCAGAAGCAGAAGUUCCCCGUGGCACUGCUGGUGAAUGCCGCCGGCGUGCUGCGCCGCCACCUGCACCGCUGCGAGGGCACCGGCAUGGAAGAGAUGAUCGCCACAAAUGUGGUGGGCCCCAUGCUGCUCACGCAGCUGCUGCUACCGCUGCUCGAUGAAACAGCGGAGCGCAGCGGUGUGUCGUCGCGCAUCAUCAACGUCGCCUCGAGCUGCCACACGUUUCUCGGCGUCUGGCAGCGAUGCACACCCAUUGAUAUGCUCACCGCCCUCCACCCCGCACCGACAGCAGGGGGCGACGAAGAUGGCAGCAACAAUAACAAGGAUGACAAGAAUAACAGUGGCAGUGGCAACAGCAAGGAUGCAACACAAGAGGGGCAUCCCCAACCGGCAGUAAAGGACUUCACCUUUGCUGACUUUGUAGGCUACUAUGGACUGUCCAAGCUGUGUGUCGUGUGGUGGACCACCGUCCUCGCGCGACGCCUCAGUCUUCGUUUCUUUCAUACUGGCAACUGCCAUCAGCUGCGGGUGUUCGUCGCGUGCUGUCACCCCGGUGUGAUUACAACGCACCUGUACCGCGAUCUCCUGCCGUGGCCGGUGCUUGACCACAUUGUAUACUACCCGUCGUUGCUCAUUGGCAAGACGUGGACGGAGGGCGCACAGGCGGUGCUGAAAGCAUGCGUCGAGCCCGACAACAUGGUGCACGGUGGCUACUAUCUCUGCAGCGGCGAGUACGGCCCCAGCAGUGGUGUCAACUGCCUCUCCAAGUACGCCAUGAACAUGGAGAUGGCGCUGCAGUUUUGCGCGUGGGCAGAAGUGCAGAUUGAGCAACAAAAGAAUUUACCAAAGCAACAAAAGGCAGUAGAUGCUGCCGCAACGGCGCAUCCGAAGAGGAUCAUGACCGUCAAGAUCGCCAGGCAGUCAUGA